AUGCGCCUCACAAAUCUAUCUACAUCUUUAUACACCAUGGGAAUCAAGAAAAUGUUCAAAAAAAAGGAGCCCACCGAGCAGGAGCUCGUCCAGGAGAUGCAGAAAGUGGGAAUCUCCACAAAAGGCGGCCAUGCCCGCCCAGAGAAGUUUGGCGCUUUCAGACAGUAUGCCCAAGACCAAAGCGCCCGAAAACCAGGUCUUGCGCCGGUUAACCCUUACGCCAACAUGGGCCAGACACAAGGGAACCCGUAUGCGGCAAACGGCGCCGAAACGUCGGCGAGCUCGGCCUCCAACCCGUACUCGGCGCCUAAUUCCAGCUCAAGCCCGUAUUCCAGUCCCUAUAGCACAAACGCAAAGGACAGCGGCUCAACGAACGGGUCGUCGCGUUCGAACCCUUAUGCCAGCCUGAGCCAAGCGCCGUCACGCAGCCCUUACUCCAGCACAAGCGCACAUUCCAGUACAAACGCACAUUCCAGCACAAACGCAUACUCCAGUGCCGCCCCUACAACCAACCCGUACGGCGCAGCCACCAGCCGAAGCGGCGUGACGGAUCCGUACGCUCGGAAAUCGACCCCUGGCGGCUAUGCGCCCCUGAACGGACGGUCGGACGAGCUGACGCUCGAUUUGAACGCCAUCCCCACAGAGCAGCCGCCCGUGCAGUUGCGGCGGCCUGUGAAACGCGGCGGCGACACCGAGACGUUGGAUCUCAAUGCAGUCUCGGACGAGGAGGACUUGAAUGUGGGCGACGAUUUUUUGCCCGGCGAAGAACAGCCCAACUCCGAAGACGAGGAAGUCGAGGCCAUCAAACAGGACAUUCGCUUUGUCAAGCAGGAAUCGUUGCAGCUGACGAGAAACACUUUGCAACAUGCCAUGCAGGCAGACGCCCUGGGGACAAACACCUUGGGUGUCUUGGGCUCGCAGUCUGAGCGGCUCUACAAUGCGGAACAGGAUCUUUUGUUGGGCGAGACACAAACGCAGAUCGCCGACGAGAAAGUCAAGGAGUUGCACCGGUUGAACCGGUCGAUUUUCAUCCCGGCCACAGGAAACCCGUUCAACAAGAAGCUGCGUUUGCAUCAGCAGGAGGCCCGGCUCAAAACACAGAAGGAGCAGGAGAAGUACUUGCGUGAGACCAACAGACAAGGCAUGUACGCAAGUGAGCAGCGGGUAAAGCAGGGGCUUACUUCGAACGCCACAAGCUCAGAUACAUACUCCAAGUACCAGGGAGAAAAGCAUUUACAGCAAGCACAGCGGUACCAGUUUGAAAACGACUCGGAGGACGACGAGAUCGAGAAGGAGUUGGCGUCCAACCUCGACCAAAUCUCCAGCUACACCAAAAAAUUGAAGGGAACGGCCACGCUCAUGGGCCAGGAAGUGGAUGCCCAGAACAAGAGAUUGCGCAAGAUCGAAGAGGAUGCUGACCGCUUGGACAUCAAUGUGCAUCUCAACAGCACGCGUUUGAGCAAUAUCCGGUGA